AUGGCUCGAUCCAUAAACUUCAUCCUCAGCAAGGCCUCGCCGCCGGCGGCGCCGGCCUUGGAGGACAGUCUGCCGAGGGCUCUCCUCCGGGCACAGGUCAUCGUCGACGAGGCCACGGGACGGCACGUCACGAACCAAGCCAUGCUCCUGCAGCUGGACAUGCUGCGAGACGCCGUGCAUAAAGGCAGCUACGCGCUUGACAGCUUCAGGUACCAGCCUCACGCCGCGGAGCACGACGACAGAGGUCAACCUGUUCGCCGUAGCUCCCUGUUCGUAGCGAAUUGUGCGAAAAUUCCCCGUUCCUCCCGUGGGAGCACGAGGAUCCUGGCGCAACUACGCGAGGCGCUCGAUCGGCUGAUCUCCAUGGUAACCGAUGCGGACGUGCUGGUCCUGCUCCUGACGAGCUACCCUCGCCGGUACCGGCAGCCCUACGGCAUGCACCUCAUGCUGGAUAACUGCAUGUUCGGCCGCCAGAUGGAGACUGAACAUGUCAUCAGCUUCCUGCUGCACGCACAGCCAUCCCAUGGUGCUGAAGAACCGGAGGUCCUCCCGAUCGUCGGUCCUGGCAGGGUCGGCAAGACCACCCUCGUCACUCACGUCUGCAAGGACGAAAGAGUCCGCGAUCGCUUCGCAGAGAUCGUGCUCCUGACCGACCUCCACUUCACGGAUGCAGAGCUGGCUGCUUUGGGACACAGAUGCUCAUCAGAGAGAAAUGGUAAUAACCGUGGCUCCAACUCGAACAGUAGGGAUGGGAAAUUUCUGAUCGUGGUUGAGGUUGCCGGGGAUUUCAACGAGGACGCGUGGAGCAGGCUGUACUCCGCGUCCAAACGGUGGGCGCCACUUGGCAGCAAGAUCAUAGUCACGAGCCGGUCCGACAAGAUCACCAAGGUCGGGACGACGCGGCCUCUAGCUCUCAAGUUCCUGCCGCGCGAGGCGUACGGGUACUUCUUCAGGACGCUCGCGUUUGGGGGCGCCGAUCCCGGGGCGCACCCGGGGCUCGCGAGCAUGGCCAUGGAGGUGGCCGGGAGCACGGACUGGGCUUUCAUCAGCGCGCACAUCACCGUGUUGCAUUGA